AAAUCCACAAAUUUAAAAAGGGUUUAUAAUUACGGCAUCCUUUCAACCUUCAUUGCCAUGCUGAAACAUGUUUAACAGUUAGCAACAUAACCCUUUUGCAUCUUUCACUCACUGGUAGUAGUAUUAUUAGUAGUACUGCUCCUACACUUCUCUCUAUCUAAUUAGCUCUAAUGGAUCCUAGAAUCUCCUUCUCCAAUGACUUUGCAGACACUCAACAGGCCAUCAAGCACGAAUCAAGCUACCGGGAAGCGCCCGUCUCAUCGGAUUUCGAAUUCUCCGUGGACAACUUUGGUAUGAUCUCGGCGGACGAGAUCAUAUUCAAGGGCACAUUGUUGCCCUUAAAGGAUAAUGGUGCCAACAACCAGCUAGGGAAUAAGACUACUACUUUGAGAGAUGAGCUACUUGCUGAUGAUGAGGAUUAUGGGGAUGUGUUGCCAAGAGCAACAAAUAGUUUGAACAGAUGGAAGGAGCGUUUGGGGCUCAAGAGGGCUCAAAUUGUUCAAAAAAAUGGCGAUAGAGGUCAUUCGGUUUUGGAGAGGAUUGCUGAAGAGAGGAGGCCUGUGUUUGUUCAUGAGGCUGUGCUUAUUAGCAAGGAAAGCCAGGAAUUUCUAUUUGGAGGGUUCAAUUGCAGAGAUGAUGGAAUCUGAUGAUAUGGAAAGUUGGUAUUUUUAUGCAAGGAAAAUUAAUUCCUGCUAACUUUUAAGGUAUAUUGAUAUUAGAGAGUGGUUUUUAUGAGGAAUUGUAUGAGUUUUAGGGUUUGGCGCAAUUCCCAGUUCUAUUUUUUUUUUUCUCCAUUUAUUUCUAGACAACAUUUUCAUCCUCUCUCCUCCAAAGAAGUAGAAGAUGAUGAACAAGAAGAAGAAGGUAUAUUUGGCUGUUCCAUUUUGUACAAGUGUAUGCAGUUGAUGGAGAAGUUCUAUGAGUUUUUAUGUAAUUAAAUCUACAGUGUUGAUCUAUCUGAUUGUGGUUUAUUUUGUUUCACA